UCAUAACUCUUUCAACAACUGCUCGGAUCAAAGCCUACCCACUCUUUCUCUCUUUCUUUUCUCUCUCUCUCUCUCUCUCUCUCUCUCUCUCUCUCCAACUUAUAGAAGAAACAAAAGGGUUUUUAGAUCAUAAAUAUGGCUGAUUCUUCUGCUUCAUAUAUUCACAUGGUGCAUCGUCUGAUAGAGGAGUGUUUAAUAUUCAAUAUGAGCAAAGAAGAAUGCAUGGAAGCCCUUUCUAAGCAUGCAAACAUCAUGCCUGCCAUUACUUCUACUGUGUGGUGUGAGCUUGAAAAGGAGAAUAAAGACUUCUUUGAGGCAUACAAGAACACGAGGAAGGAGCAUCAAACUCAAAUGGUUUCUUCUAGCUCCCAAAAAGUUAUUCCACCAUAAGCAGUGCUUUAAAUUUAUCACCUGUACUUAGUUAUAGUUUUAGAGUUUGUACUAUUUUGAUUGGACGAAAUUAUUUAGAUUAGUGAUGCAAUUAGGUGUAAAUCGUUUUUGGCUGUGUUCAAAAACUUUGAAUAAAUAGUCUUAAGGUGGUCGAGUAGUGAGCCACUGAGAUUAAUGGAACUUAAAAAAAAAUGUUUCAUGUCCGGUUUUCACUAGCUUCGACUCUUGGAUGUUAUGUUUCCCACCAAAAAAAAUGUCUAGGCUUUUGUUAUCAA